AUGUAUUGGACUUUCAUUUCUAAGCGAAUACUUUAAGAUUUAGAAUCAAUUCCAAAUUCCACUCCAAAACACAAAUUGAUAAAUAAUAAGGCUAACAAAAUCAAUCAUUCGUUUGAAUUGGAUACUUUGAAAUAGGUUUCUACAAGUAAAAUAAGGUGCUAAUCAACUCAUGAAAUAAGUGAUAAAAUGGUGACUUCUAAAUAUCAAAGAUUUCAUGAUAUAUAAAUUGAACUUCCGAUGGUCAGAAAAAGGAGGCUAGCCAACAUUUUAUCGAAUCCCAAUGAUUACUGCUGUAAACUAUAAACAUCAACAUUUUUAGAGAGAACAAGACCAGGAAAAAAAGGUACUUUAGCUGGUACAAUCUUAAAGAAAUACAAGGAUAUUCGGUUAUCUAAUCCUAAUAAUGAUAAACUAUUACAAGGUUCUUUUUAAACGUAUUAAAUGAAUCAAAAUUAGAUAAGAAGUCAUUAGUUCUAGAAAAAGUAUUAACAUGAUGUAGAGUUAAAAGAAGGUAAUUGAAAGAUAGUACUCUAAUGGAAGCUCUUCUCCUAAACUUCCCACAACAAUCAGUCCAAAUACUCCGACAUCCACAAAAAAAUGUAUUGCAAUUUAUAAAUUAGAAAAUAAAUACAUCAUUCGUACUAAACUGGGUUAGUCAGUUGAUCUAGAAAAAAUGAAGCAUCCUCGCCAAUUAUAGCCGUUAUUUGAUAAUUCUAGUUGCUCGCCUAGAGUGACAAGAUAAUUAACUGAUAAAACCUAACAUCAAAAAACAGCCUCAUCCAAUUCUGCAAAUUCGUUAUAUAUAAUGAAUAAAGUAUAUGGAAAUACUAGUAAUAAAAACCUGCCUAAAUCAAUAUUCAAAGUUAAAUGAAUGGUGAAUUAAACUAUAUGCAUAUCAGAC